UGCAGUGAAUUAUGAUGGCAUUUGGUGGUCGCUUUCUUUGUUCGCUCGCUCGCGUGGGUUCUAAAUCUGAAAAGUUUGUUGCUUUCCAUCGAACAGUUGGUUUUUUAGGUAUGAGGACCGGAAAUCAGAGAAAGGUAGCAAUGGAGGUUGUGCACAAAGUAAAAACAUCCUUUGGUUCUGUUUCAAAUAGGUUCCUGGAACAUGGUUCUGGAGGGAUUGAAAGCUUCAAACGAUCCAUGAAAUCUCAUUCCCGUUCAUUAAAUAGGAUUAUGAGUAGAGGAGGCGAUGGUUCUGGGAAGAAAGUGUUUAACCCACAAGGGAAAUUCCUCCAAAAGUGGAACAAAAUCUUUGUCUUGUCAUGUGUGAUUGCUGUUUCAGUGGACCCGUUGUUCUUCUAUAUUCCAAUAGUGAAAAAUGGCAAGUGCCUUGAUCUCGACCGAUCCUUGCAGAUCACAGCUAGUGUUUUGCGCUCAUUCAUGGAUGUUUUCUAUAUACUUCAUAUCAUAUUUCGAUUUCGUACUGGUUUUAUAGCUCCUUCUUCCAGGGUAUUUGGUAGGGGUGUUCUGGUUGAGGAUGCUUGGGUGAUUGCAAAGAGAUAUAUGUCCUCAUAUUUUCUUGUUGACAUUCUUGCUGUGCUUCCAUUGCCACAGGUUGUGAUUUUGAUCAUUAUACCGAGGAUGCAUGGCUCAAAAUCUCUGAACACCAAAAACUUGUUGAAGUUUGUUGUACUUUUCCAGUAUAUCCCGAGGAUGCUUCGAAUCUAUCCUCUGUAUAACGAGGUCACAAGAACUUCUGGCAUACUUACUGAAACUGCAUGGGCUGGAGCUGCUUUUAAUCUCUUGCUUUACAUGUUGGCUAGUCAUGUGCUAGGUGCCUUUUGGUACUUGUUUUCUAUCGAACGUGCAACAACCUGUUGGCGAGAGGCAUGUGGGAAUUUGUUAAAUGAAUCAGAAUAUGCGUGUUAUUCAUUUUAUUGUAAAGAUAAUGAUACAUUGGCAUAUUUGAAUUUAAGCUGCCCUUUUGUGGAUACGGAGACUCCUAUUUUUGAUUUUGGAAUCUUUCUUCCUGCCCUCCGUUCCGGCGUUGCCAACUCAACUGAUUUUCCACAAAAGUUUUUUUACUGUUUUUGGUGGGGUCUGCAAAAUCUGAGUUCACUAGGUCAAAACCUAAAAACAAGCACCUAUGUGUGGGAAAUUUGCUUUGCAGUCUUCAUAUCUAUAUUUGGAUUGGUUCUAUUCUCAUUUCUCAUUGGAAAUAUGCAGACUUACCUGCAGUCCACAACCAUAAGAUUGGAGGAAAUGAGGGUGAAAAGACGAGAUGCAGAGCAGUGGAUGUCCCACCGUAUGCUUCCGGAAUUUCUUAAGGAGCGUAUUAGAAGGUAUGAACAAUAUAAAUGGCAGGAAACACAAGGUGUUGAUGAGGAUAAUUUGAUCCGAAACCUUCCUAAGGACCUCAGAAGGGAUAUAAAACGCCAUCUUUGUUUGAAACUUCUAAAAAGGGUGCCCAUGUUUGAAAAGAUGGAUGCUCAACUAAUGGAUGCAAUGUGUGACCGUUUGAAACCAGUUCUUUAUACAGAGAAGAGCUACAUCGUGAGGGAAGGGGACCCGGUUGAAGAAAUGAUUUUUGUAAUGCGAGGCAAGUUACUAACCGCGACAACUAAUGGUGGACGAACGGGCUUCUUUAACUCUGACUAUCUUAAACCCGGUGAUUUUUGUGGUGAAGAGCUUCUUACAUGGGCCUUGGACCCACAUACAUCAUCCAACCUCCCUAACUCCACAAGAACUGUUAAAGCACUCGAAGAAGUUGAGGCAUUUGCAUUGACGCCGGAUGACCUCAAAUUUGUAGCAUCUCAGUUCAGAAGGCUUCACAGUAAGCAAUUACGCCACACUUUCAGGUUCUACUCACAUCAGUGGAGGACAUGGGCGGCGUGUUUCAUACAGGCCGCAUGGCGACGACAUCGUAGGAAGAGAUUGGAAGAUUCACUUCGGGAAGAAGAAGGCAGGCUGCAAAACGCUUUGACUGGAUCUGAUGGGAGUUCACCUAGUUUGGGUGCUGCAAUGUACGCAUCACGGUUUGCAGCUAAUUUGCUUGCUAUGUUGAGGCGAAAUGGUGCAAGGAAAAAAAGAAUUCCUGAGAAAUUACCGCCAUUGAUGAUGCUCCAGAAGCCUGCAGAGCCUGAUUUUAUUGCUGAAGAAGAUUGAUAUCGUUCAUCUUAAUUAUAUAUAGU